GUCAUCAUUGUGUUUUGUUUCCUAGAAGGUAGUGUCGGAAUCGAAGAGUCAAAUUACCAAAUAUCUGAUAAUCUAGAUAAUUUUUAUAAUUGCAUCGAAACGUAAGUAGAAAGUGAUUUAUUCUCCGAAAAACUACCAGUAGAAGUAAUGAUUGAGAUGGCAUUGGAUGAGGAGUUGCCUGAAGAAUUCAAGGGAGGCACUCUUCGUAUCGGUUCACAAAGUGAUACUUCCAAAAUUCCAAACCCUGGACCUACAAAUCCUUCUGAUAGGAUAGAUAGGGAUUCGUCCAGUGAAAUAAAUACGAAUAGUCGCAAUAAUUGUCAUUGGAAAAACGCUUUCAUUGCCCCCUUAUCAUCAUUACCCAACAGAAUAUCAGAAACAAUAUGGAGUUCAAAGAGUAUCAAAGAAGAAACUCCAACUACUUCACCUGCAGCAACUUCCAACGAGAAGAGUUUACAGCCCUUUUUGAAUAUCAAAGAAGACCCCAAUAAUUUUUUCACAUUUCGAGAUGGGGUAGUAGACAGGGCGGUCAAAGAAUGCAUGGCUCAUUUGCUGGAUGAGACUGAAGGACCUGUGUAUUCUGCUUUUAUGCUCACCCAAAUCAAUCACUGGGACACUGAUAAAGAACGCUUAUUAAUGUUAACUGCCAAAAAUUUAAUCAUAGUGAAAUACGAUUUUAUCGCUUUGAGACGCCUUGGCUGCAGAAAAAUACAGUUCAGCGAUGUUGAAGGCAUUGUUGUUGGCAAUUUGGUGUAUCCAAAUGGGUCUCUUAUACCAAAGAUCAAUGGAUUAGCUGACGGUCUGUCCAGUGUUAUGGAAAAUUGUUUAUUCAAACGAAAGAAUGGUCAAUCGGAUAACGAGAGUAAUAAUCUUAGGGAACGCAACAUGAAAGGCAUUCGCCUACUUUUGAAACAAGAAAAACCUGAGAAUCUAGCCACUAAAUGGAACCCAUUUAGCGACGAUGUUCCAUAUCUGACGUUUUCUUUCCAUCCUCUGUUCUUUCACAAAGAUUGCACUGACGAAAAACUACGGAAUCUCUACAACCUCGACUCUUUCAUCGAAAAUAUCUGUUUUUCCGUUCACAAGUGGAAAGAAAACGGUAUUAUUCUGCAACACAACAUCUUGCUGGAAAACUACAUCGGUCUGGGGUCCAUAAUCCACAAUCGCAAUUCUUUGGGCUACUUCAAAGUCAGGGGAAAAUUCAGCUUUUAAACCGCAAAUAAUAAAAAAAAACUCGUACGCUCUUCUUGAUGUGAUAUUUUUUAAUUUUAGUCAAUUAUACAAUUCCUGUAAGGCAUUAUGAUAUAAUUGAAUCGAAUAUUUUAUCGAAUUCAUCAUAAAGACUCAUUUUUUCUGAGACUAUCCACAGACAAAUCACCUGAAGCAAAAAAUUAUCAGCCGAAUUAUCAUAUCAGUCAGUUUUUGUUUGGUGCAAAAAAUUUGUACAGUGGUGUUCAGAAUGAAAUGAACUAAUUUCGCUGUUACAAGGUCACAAAUUUAUUGGUAGUUUCUUGAGGAUAUCUGAGUUUUUUACGUGAUUUUUAGUCACUUUAUUGACGGCGAAUCAUAUCACCGAAUUUACAAAUAUAUUUUCUAUAAUAUUUUCAUACUGCGAUGACAUCCAUACAGAUGGAAAGAGUAUUUCUAUUGAAGAAAAUGAACAUGAGUUUAGAGUUUUAAAUUGAAAAAUAUUUCAAAUAUCUAUAUUUAAAUACCUAUCUAUACAUAUAUCAGAAUUUACCCUACAGUAUUUCAAAAAAACCAACAUAUUAAUAUGUAUGUAUAUGUGUAAAAAGAAUGAAAAUAUCAGAAUGAUAAGAUGAAAUAUGAAUAUUAUCAUAGUAAUAAUUAGACGAGGGCAAAAUCAAGCAAAAAUCCUCCAGGGAAGUGAUGAAAGUGUCAUUCAUAAUUGAGAACGUUUGCAACUAGGAAAUAAAUAAUAGAAUUUAUCAUUAUUCUGAAAUAUCCACCCUGUAUAUGUUAUGGAAGAAUCAAAGUUUUGUAUAAUAAGCAAUGGUAUAGAUAAUCCAUACCUAUAAAUGUUUCAGAGGUAUAUAUUAAAAUUGGUUGCUUUUUCGAAUAUUUCUGCAUUACAGACGCAUCGCUUUAAAUUGGCAACAUGGCGUUAGAUUUUCAAAAACGAAAGACCAUUAUUAAUGAGCUCAAUGUUGGUUGAGAAAAAUCUUUUUUCAUUCAUAAAAAGAAUCACGUAUUUUCUCAAGGAGCUAUUCCAGAUAGAAUAUACCUAUUCAGUAUAAUUGGUUACUGGAGGCAAAACCUAACCAUAUUUUCAAUAAUCUGCCGUAUUAUCCUGAGUACACCUAUGCUACAAAAAUCCUGAGAACAACCUAGAAUUCAAUAAAGUGAAAUAACUUAAUCAUUUUUUAAUUAGGCGACAUCUUUUAUUCCACCUGUGUGAACAUAUCUUCAUACGCAGCGCCACCUAUUUUCUUAUCUGGAAUGCAGUACCAAUGGGACAUUUUUAAGGUAGGUAGGUAUACUUCCAUCUCACUUUCAUACAAUGAACUGAAUGUAAACAACAUAUCUCUCAGUCAUUUUGAAUUAUGCGUACACACUUUCGGAGGAUUUUUGUUCAAUCAUUUCUUAGCAUAAUACCUCUGAUGUCUAAGAUAUUUGUUGCUUGGCCUAGCAUUAUUGAAAAUAUAUUUACAUUCCUAUAUUUUUAAGUGUGUGGUGUAAUAAUAUAAGUAUUAUAUAAUAUAUACAAAAUCAUUCUUUAUUGUUUAUGUUAUUGAAUGUGUUCUGUUGGGCCCAAAAUAAAUGUUUAUCUGUUGUAGUC